UCUCUCUCUCUCUCUCUCUCUCUCUCUCUUUUAUGCCCUCUAAACCCAAAAAAGCAAAGCAUAACUCUUCCCCUGGGAUAAGAUAGAGAAAACCAACACACCAUUUAUUCUAUUCCCCUUCUAUUCCACUCUCUUCUCCUCUCAUAUAUUCCUCUCACCCACAAAAAAAAAAAAAAAAAAAACGAUAAAAGAUUAAAAAAAAACUCCCCUUGAACUACCCCUACUCUUCUACUCUCUUCUCCCUAUUCUCCCAAGAAUAACUUCUCAGAAUAGCUUCACCAGGGAUAAAAGAGUAAGGCCAUUUUUAGGGUUAGUGUUCUACUCCCAACAACAACUCUAACCCUAGAAUUAGAAUUACUGUAACCCUAGAAUUAACUUCUCAGAAUAAGAGCAUUAAUUUUUAGGGUUAGUGUUCUACUCCCAACAGCAACUCUAACCCUAGAAUUGGAACAACUGUAACCCUAGAUUAACUUCUCAGAAUAACUUCAAUAGGGUUAAGAGUAAGAGCAUUUUUAGGGAUAGUGUUAUACUUGUACUGCCCUUCAAGAACAACUCUAACCCUGGGAUUGGAAUUUCUGUAACCCUAGAGUUGGAAUUGCUGUAAACCCUAGAAUUGGGCUAUGUCGUGCCCGGAAAACGCUUUCCGGUACAAUGGGACGCAGUGUGCCUGCGAUCCCGGGCACUACCUGGUGAAUAAGAGCUGUUUGCUGUUCAGCGGUGAUAGCCGGGGGUGGGUGGUGGGGUCGGGGGUGUCAGCGGAGCCGCAGUUCUUUCUGACCACGGUGCUGUCGCUCGACAGCAUCCGGCGGCUCACGCAGUCGCAGGCGGUGCUCCUCGAGGUCACGCUCGUCACCGUCGUCGCGUGGCUCGCUUUCUGCUUCGCGGUCCGGCUCGGGAGGGUCGACGGCGGGCGCAGCACCUGGUUCCGCAUCCGGUGGUGGAUCAGCCGCUUCGACUUCACGUUCGAUACCCGGCAUUGGCUGGAAGACCAGCAGGUGGUAGUGAAAAGAAAAACAGAGUUAGGUGGAACGUUUUCUGUGGCGAGCUCGAUACUGUUCAUCGGUCUAUUGUCUGCACUUCUAUAUCAAGUCAUCAUGAAGCGAAGCAUCGAGGUGCACAAAAUUAGACCCGCAAACGCCCCGGAUUUGUUAUCAUUCGUCAACGAUCUGGAAUUCAACAUAACCGCGAUUUCUAGCAUGACUUGUUCGCAUCUGCGUGGGCCUCGCACUGUAGUACUCGGUACUCCUGGAUUUAUCGAUUACAGGGUCUUCCCUCUGUCAAAAUACAUGAGCUACAGUUGCCAAAACACAAGCAUGGGGCCGACCGUAUCUGUUAAAUGCAGCGGUUGUCGGAUUCCUUGGAGAAACCAUUACAUUUCGUGGCAGUUUGUCGACCUCCCAAACGACCCCGCUACUGCCGUAGGUUUCCAGUUCAACCUAACGGCGAAAGAUCAUGGUGAUGAUAAACACGUGAGCUUCGUUAGCGGCUCGAUAAAGUCCGAGAGCUCUGCGGAUGAUCAGCCGAGAACUUAUAGAGGGCCGGAUUUGAACGUAUUGAGGGUUCAGUUGUUUCCUCAGUUGUAUCGCAACUUGCACGACUUAAGGCUCAUACAGCCUCUGCUCCACGACUUCAUCCCGGGUUCUUUUUUUUCUGAUGUUAAUGGUCUCCGGGCCUCUCUCGAAAAUCCGAGGGAUGGAUUGAUAAAUACUACGUUGUUCGUCAGCUCUCUUUCUGAUUAUAUAGUGGAGAUUGAUAAGGAAAGUGUCAUGGGACCUGUGAGCGUCCUCGCGAAUAUCGGUGGCCUUUAUGUUUUCAGCUUGGGAGUUUUCCUUUACUUACUGGUGCAAUGCGAGGCCAGAGUAAAAAAGCUGCGUAACGAGGAUGCUGUAAUGCGAGAUAUUCGAACUCGAAGGCGUGCUCAGAAGAAUUGGAACAAGCUGAGGAAAUUUGUCAUGUACACCUGGGGUCUCAACGACUUGGAUCCGAGUAUCAAAAGCGGAAAUCGGCCGGACGGGUCGAUAAUCGCUUCUCUUAGUUGUGGCAGAUGUUUACCCAGGGAAAAAUCUUCGAGUCGUAUGAACUCCUCUUUACGACUCGGCAAAAAUAAUAAUAUUCCAACUGAAGAGCAGAGUGUUGAUCCAGACGCAGUUCCUGUUGAAAGAGUUGGAUCAAGUUUGGUUGAUAAUUCUGUUGGCACUCGUGGGACAUCGUCGCAUUCAGAGGCCGAGCAUUCCUCCCAAUCAACUGUGUAAUGUAAUGCUUCUGUUCAAGGAUCCAAUUCCAAGGAGUUCUCUUCCAUUCGACUCCGUGGAAGCAUAGAUCACCGUUCCCCAGAUCGGUAAACAUUUCAUUUUCGCGCCCAAAAGUGCGACAGCUUGCUUUUGCUUCCAGGGGAUCCAACUUCAGUGGAAGUACACAUUCAAAGUCGAAAUGAAUACGAAUGAAGAUAUUACAAAUCAAAGGGUAGAUAAUCACGCGCUCGCAAGUUAUAUUCUGGAGAAAGCGAAGACAAUGACAGGCGUCGUGUCGCUGUUGCGAAAAAUCCCAUGUGAAAAAACUAGUAUGUCAGAUGUAGGUUAUUUCCUUGUGAAUGAUCUUGUAAUGUAUAAAUCUAUGUUUUUCCUUUGUUGGUUGUUCUUAUUUGUAACAAUAGAUGCUGUGGAAAAGUGCUUUUAGUUGUUUCCAUAUAUGCUUCAUUGUUGGUCAUUAUGGCCUACUACUAUGUGAAAAAUUGCCCACUGAUUAUUGCUCUCUA